GUUUGUUAGAAUGUAUAUUAGAUUACACAAAAUGUUAGAAGUACUUAGUUAUUUUUGUUUAAAAGAAUGGAAGAUUAAAAAUAAAAGAUGGACAGAAACAUUCAGUAAAUUACAAAACGAAGAUCGAGAAUCAUUCUAUUGCGAUAUGAAAGACGUCUUUUGGGAUAACUAUUUUAGAACUUUUCUAUUAGGUAUAAGAUUAUACCUCUUAAAGGAUCUAAUGGAAACUGUACCACAAGCUCGUAAAAAGUGGAGAAGGCUAUACUGGAUUCAUCAGACAUUAAAAUUUUUAUUUGCUAGUAUUUUUAUCACGAUUGUAUGUAUAUUGAUUUAUUAUCACAUUUGCGUAUGUCUAAAAUAAAAAUUUUUCAUCGGGAUAUUUGGACACGGAGCAAGAAGUGUUAUUUUUUAUUGCAAAAAAGUUUUAAUUAAACACUUUUCUACUUUAUGAAUCUUUAAUAAUAAAUACAGAUUUUUUAAGUAUUACAUUUUAAGAAAUGCAUGUUGUAAAUUGGAAGUUCCUACUUUUACCCUUGCGUAUAUAAGAGAUUAAGUAUAUGGAAUUGAAAUGAAAACUUUGUGAUUUUCGUUAAACUUAAAUGUCAAUUGUAUUAUAUAAUAGUAUUUAUUUUCUUUAAUCUGAAUCGAAACUAUUUUAAUUUCUACAUUUUUUUACGUUUACGCAGCUAUAUGUGUUAACGUAAAUUAUGUAAAUGAAUCUAGAAAUAUAUUCAUAACGAAAUAUUAAUUUGCAUAAAUAGAAUUUUAAAUAUGUUUUUUGUAGUUUAUUCAUUACCGGUUUAGUGUUGGAAAUUUGAACCUUCAUCUAAAAAUUGUCAAUACCACUUUCACGUUAGUGUAACAAUUCUAAUCACAUUGAUCAUUUUAUAUAAUAAAUAUAUGUAAAAAAUC